UGUCACCCCAUUAAAACAUUGUCGCUACUUUAUUUGGAAUUUUAAUACUUUUAUGAAUCUCUCACCCUUGUAUUAUUAUCCGUCUCCACAUUCUGUGCUUUAUUCAAUAGGAACAUUAAUUUUACUCAUUCUUUUCUUGAAUUUUUUGAGGGGCGGGGGACACAAAAAAACCUUGAAGUAUUUUUGGGGGAAAAAAAUCACUUCGAUGACGUACAAACAAAACCACUCAUUACAUAUUAACCCUAGAACCUUGUUGUUUUGUUGACAUUUACAAUAUCACAGAGGUGGGCAUUUACAUGUCUAACUUUGAAUUAAGAAUACUGUAUUACAAAAUACUAUAUCCUUUUUAAUGCCAUGGGGAAACAGGGAACAGUUUUAGGUUAAUAAGCGUUUAUCCCCCCCAACCCCCCCAAAAAAGAACAAAUUACAGAAUACACUCAAAAUCCUGCAAUAUGGAAAAUUAUGCAAGAUAUGAAUAUCGGAAAGAAUAAACAGUGCACUAAAUCCGCAAUAGGUGAACCACGAUAUAGCAAGGGAACACUGUAUUCCUCGAGGGCAGUUGUGUCCUAAUUCCAAUUUUGUAUUUGUUCCUAGAGAGAAAAUCAGCUUUAAGAUGCCAUGGUUGCCUUUUUAUUAAACUAAAUGCAAUGUAUUCACCCACUCAACAAGUGUUUACAAUUUAAGAAUUCACUGAAAUAUAAGUUUUCAUGCGUAAUCUUUCAAUAGACCCCAAAAUACUAAGGAAAGAACUUGAUUGCUGGUUGAUGCAUCACAUCAGUCAUUCGUCUUCCGUUCCGCUUACAUCACAUCAUAACGGUCCCAUAUAGGCAUGACAUCAGUACAAUCUGAUUGGAUGUAAAGAUAUGCUCACCUAGUAAUGAUUGUUCUAAAUAUGAGUUUUAAUCACGAGGAAAAAAUCUGAUACUUUGAAACCAAUGGAUGUUUGGGAUUAGCGAAAUUAUACAGUACAAAUGACGACGCUCACGUGUGCUCUUAUGUUUAGUGUUUAGCUUUUUUUUGCAGAAAAAAAACAGAAACGCAAUACAAAAGUCUGUGUUGUUUAUUGUUAGAUUUCAUUAUACUAAAUGACUGCCCGCGCCCCCACGUAUGACGCUGAGUUACGGGCAACAGAAUAAAAGCAACGACUCAACCUUUCUUUCUUUUUUUUCUCAAGCAUAAAUGUGUGUAACAUCUCUUAAAUGCGCACCAGAUGUGUGUUCUUUUACAUGGAAGAUGGAUACAGCACACACAUCCAGUCCUGAGAGAAACAAUAAUAAACAUGGUUGAAGAUUGUUACUUUUUUUUCUUCACAUUUCUCAUUUACCAAAUUUGAUUAGUUCCUGUUCGUCAAUGCUGUAAACCUCUUGGAUAUUGUACUGCAAUACAACAGUCCAGAUACAAACUAUCAGUAUUUUAAAAACAAAGUAUUAUCCCUCCACUAGCCCCAAAAUACGUUUGUCACCAGGACCUGCGAAGAUUAUAAUUUUUUUAUUUAUUCAAUUGGUUGUGCGUCAAUUCAAGACUCUUAAUUGUCCAUACAUUAUGUGUGAUUUAAAUGGUUGUUUGUCUAAAUGUGGCCUGAGAUUGACAGGCAAUCAGUCCAGGGUGUACCCCACCUCUUGCCCAAAAUCAGCUGGGAUAGGCGCCAGCUCACCCAGGACUCCAAUGAGAAGUGCUGUAGAAAAUGGACUGUUGUGUCCUGGCAACUUCGUGGAAGACAGAACCUCUAGAUCAGAGAGUUUGACCUCUUCUCCAUCAUCUUGUACUCUGUCCUCACCUUCAUGGCAACCACGUCCAUGCUGAUCUUCCUUGAGGAGUGUGUUUAUAUUUAUAAGAAAGUGCCAGCCAAUAAGAAGAGCACCAUCAUAUGGGUGACUGGAGCAGCACCGGUGAUCGGCACCAUGUCCUGUCUGGGAAUGUGGAUCCCCCGAGCCACCAUGUUUACUGAUAUGACCUCGGCAUGCUACUUUGCCAUCGUGGUAUUCAAGUUCCUCAUCCUGAUGAUAGAAGAGGUGGGCGGCGACGAGGCGUUCCUGCGGCGGGGGGCGAGACACAAAUUGAAGAUCAGCACAGGGCCGUGCUGCUGCUGCUGCCUCUGUCUGCCGUAUGCAGCCAUCACACGGCGUUGUCUUUUCCUGCUCAAACUUGGCUCUUUUCAAUUUGCUGUGCUCAAGGUCGUCUUCACCAUCCUCUCCAUCGUCCUGUGGACCAACGGAACCUUUGACCUGGCGGAUUUGAACAUCACAGGAUCUGCGAUAUGGAUCAAUCCCUUUGUGGGCAUCCUGACGAUCAUCGCCCUGUGGCCCGUGGCCAUCACCUUCAUGCACCUCAGGGCCACCUUGCGCACCUUAAAGAUCAUCCCCAAAUACGCCAUGUACCAGCUCGUGCUGAUCCUUAGCCAGCUUCAGUCUGCCAUCAUCAACAUCUUGGCUUUGAAUGGAACAAUCGCCUGCGCACCGCCAUUCUCUUCCGCAGCCAGAGGAUACAUGAUGAGUCAGCAGCUACUGAUCCUGGAGAUGUUCAUCAUCACGUUGGUAACACGUCUGCUAUAUCGUCGACUCUACGACCCGCUGCCCGAGGAGGAGUAUGACGACGAGAACACCAAAAUGGUUCCUUUGCAGAAGGCUGUAUGAGUCAGUCUUAAUUGCUUGUAUGUGUUUGCGUCCUUAUGUUUGUGUGCAGUUCAAAAGGAGAUUACGGGAUGUUCAAUUGACUGAGCAGACUCCUUGGUUGCACAAACUUUAUGGGGUGUCAUAACUUUUGCUGCCAAUUCUUCUCUGGUUCUUACCGUCAUAAAACCAUGAGAAGUUGGGCAAGAGCCUUUUAGCACAGCAACGACGUAUUUGAAAUGUAAGAGACAAUUCUUUCUUCAAUUUACAACUUUGAAAAGGGAGUGAAUAGUUAAAAGAUUUUUUUAUUAUGAUAAAUCUGUACUAACUGGCAAAUGAUUUCAAAUUAUUAUUAUAAUUUUUUUUAAACAGUUCGGUUUUACCUCAUGUUCCCUAGAAUAAUAUGAUAUGACUUUCAGUGUUUCUUUCAUGUAAGUGUCGUCAUAGAAAUGUACAGGAAACAGAUUUUAUUUACAGUGCACAGUAAAUACUUGUCCUUUAGGAGACGCUAUUGCAUAAAUGAUGAUGAACAUUUUUAAUAUAUCUUUUAGUGUGUUGCUUUACCGGCAUUCUGGAAAUGCACAAGACAAGUACAUGACAUUCCAAAGACAAUCUGAUUCCCUGUUGUUGUUUUUUUUCUACUGCUUACCUGCUAAUGUUUUUCCACUAGAUGGCAGUAAAAAGCAAAUUCUGACGUUUGACGGUAAUACAAUAAAAAUAGUAGAGACUAUAUGUAUGAUUAUUAUAAAUUAAAACAUGGUAACAAACGAAUCAAGUCCUAUUAUAUUUACAAUGUUUUGCUAUUCCGUGGGUAGUCGUAGCCAUGAGAACAUUACUGACAUAUAUUUAGGCGAUUAAUAUUAAAUGAUAUUGCUAUUG